GCGCGCACGGGAGGCACUCGCACCUUCAGCUCAGAGGUGUCUACUCCUGCUCACUUUGCCUGAUGAGAAAGUAAACUUGGUGAAUUCUUUAGGUUGUUUGUAAAGGAUGGCUCUGGCGGAUGCGCUUCUGCCGUCCAUUGCUGGCUUUUCCAGCACUCAGGUUUUGGAUGAAAAACAUGCUGAAAUCCUACGAGAAUGGUCCACUGAUCAGACUGAGAUCGGGACAAAACCCCGCGUCGAGGUUGAAUUCAGCAUUGUAGAGUCCCCGCCACUGACCAAGGACGAGGACGAGUUGUCCAGGUUUCUGGAUCUCGAGUUUAUUCUGUCUAACUCGAUGGCAUCACAGAAUGAGGGUCCCUCCGUCACCCCUGCGUAUCCGCUCCCGGAAUCACCGGAGAGCUGCAGCACUGCGUACGACGGCGCCGAUUCUGCGCACGGCCUUGUAGCCGAGCUUCUAAGCCCAGACAUGGGCUACCGACCCGACACGACUCAAGACUACAACCCGAAAGGACAUUUUGAUACACCGGAAUACACUGAUUUGAGCAUGCUGGACACCAGAAGUCACGUGCACUUGCACCUCGCCACUCCACACGCGUCGGCUUACAAAAUAAAGACCGAGCGUCGCGAGCAGCCGUGCAUGAUGGCCAGUGAGUACCUGGGACACUUUUAUGGACAGAAGGUUCACGGUGUUGCUCCCGUGCAGCCGUUCGUCCAGCAUGUGCACGACGCGUCCCGGGAGGUGAACGCGCACGUGGCGCAGCAGCAGCAGCACUAUGCGUACCCACCGCAAUAUCACGGCGCGCAGCACUACCAUGGACAGUACGCCGUUUUCACGGAUCCCAUGCGGGCCCAUCACCCGGCUAUGCCCGGCGCAGUGCUCACGCCACCGUCGUCACCGUUGCUCGAGCUCUACGGCACGGAGGAGAACAGACCGAAGCGGGGACGGCGCGCAUGGGCUCGGAGACGCGCCGCCACGCACAGCUGCGAGUUUGCGGGCUGCGGGAAAACCUACACAAAGAGCUCGCACCUGAAGGCGCACAUGCGGACACACACUGGUGAGAAGCCGUACCACUGUACCUGGGAGGGAUGCGGCUGGAAGUUCGCCCGCUCCGACGAGCUGACCCGCCACUACAGGAAACACACAGGACACAGACCCUUCCAGUGCCACCUCUGUGAGAGGGCAUUCUCCCGCUCCGACCACCUAGCCCUGCACAUGAAGAGACACAUGUGAAAACAUGCCUUAUUUUAAAGGACAUUUUUAUUAGAGUUAAAGAAGUGGUCCAAGGAGAAAAAACUAUUUUAUACAUAUUUUCCCUUUACCUCACUUCAAUAUUGAACUAGUUUUGCACUGGAGCUCCUUAGCUGAUGUACCUAAAACAAUAAUGGAAGCUCAUGACCACUAAUUAGUCUCACCAAAACAUAUGUAAAUUAGUUUUUUCUUCAUGAACUACUCCUUUAAGGCUAUGCCUGUGUUUGGACAGCAGGGUUGUAAAUAUGACGAGGAUUGUGUCAACUUUAAAUUAUAGCAGUAUUUAAGAAGAAGAGAGUUUUGUUGAAAAAAAAAAUAAGUUAUUUAGUGCAAACAUCGAAGACAGCUUUGUAAAGAAACAGGGCAGGACCCAUAUUUUUGUAUAUAUUGCUUUUUGUCUUCAUGCUUUCAGGCUGAGACAGGGGAAUUUGGCAUUUGGGGUUUUUAGUAGAGUUCAGGAUCUUCUUAUGCCCCUUUUUGUACAAUGAGUUGUUAGAACUGUUCAUAAAUAUUCAGUAUGAACUCAAGGACUUUCAAAGCAGGUACUCAAGCAGUUUUUUUUUAUCCAAGUGAUAUGUUUGUGCAAAUAUUUUAAACCUUUGUAUACUACAUACUUGAAUAUGGUGUUUUUUAUGUAUAUAACCACUGACAAAGUUUUAAAAUACAAAAAGUUGAACUCA